AACCUCCAUCUCCCUUGGAACGCUAUGACAAGCCCGGCUCAAAGCCCUGUAUAUUGUCCACUCGUGCUUUCGUCAUGGCCUUCAAUCGCCCGCCUUUGGCCGGAGAUGCCAUGGCGACGACGCCAACCGUCCGAUCGAGUAGCUUCUCUCGAAAUAUUUCGACUUCGGCCGCUUCAAGCGCCUCUUCUCCUACUCCAGGAAGUAGAAUAGGCUCCGGAGGCGCUGCUUUCGUUUCAUCUGGCAUACCAGACCUAGACAGGAUAUUAGGAGGCGGGUUUCUGCUGGGAAGUUUAGUGAUGGUGAUGGAGGACGCGGAGGCGCCACACCACCUUCUGUUGCUUAGAAACUUCAUGGCCCAGGGUGUAGUUCACUGCCAACCUCUUCUUUUCGCCUCUCCUGCAGAGGAGCCAAGGGCUUUUCUUGGGACACUACCCGCUCCCGUUGCGGCGUCCAAAGAGGAGAGACAGCGGGCACCAGGACCGGGUCAUGAUGAACAGGAUCAGGGCCUGAGAAUUGCCUGGCAAUACAAGAAGUACUUUGGGGAGCAGCAAUUUUCUGAUGCUCACAAUAAAGAUUCUAAGCAGGAAUUCGGCAACAACUUUGAUCUGCGCAAGUCUAUUGAAAGGCAUAUGCUGAGUGCACAAAACGUUGACUGUAUAUCCAUUCAGAAAUUUUCAAAUCUUGCACCUCUUCGUGAACGCUGCUCCUCAUUUUUAUCUAAACUACCUGGAAAUGGCGCUGGACUUGCUGGUCGUAUAGCUAUACAAUCACUAUGCGCUCCACAAUGUGGAUUCUCUGAUUGGGAUAUGGUUUCCUUUGUCAGAUCUUUGCGAGCAAUGCUGCGAUAUUCCAAAACAGUUGCUAUCAUAACUUUCCCAAGCUUUAUUCUUCCACCUUCCUUCUCUAAGAGAUGGCAGCACUUGGCUGACACGCUUCUUUCUGUUAGAGCUAUUCCAGACGAGGACAAGGAUUUGGCUAAGCUCCUGACUGGGUACCAGGACAUGGUUGGCCUUUUGCAUGUGCACAAAGUGGCUCAGAUCAGUUCUCAGGUUCCAGUCAUUCUGGAGGCAAGCACAUUCUCAUUAAAGCUGCAGCGGCGUAGAUCAUUGGUCCUGGAAAGGUUGAAUCAGGCUCCGGUGGAAGGAUCAAGUGGGACUUCCUAUGGAACUGCUGGCCCUUGUUCUGGAUCAUUGAAAGGUUCUUCCAUUGAUUUCUAGCAUAUGAAAUCCUAGUAGCCCAAGGAUUUCUUUUCAGCAGGACAUGUCAAUCUGAAGAGUGAUUCAAGUAAUCUUUGUCCUUGUUACUUGCAUUUGUGCAUUUUAUCACUUCUAUAAAGAUUUGAUGCCGUUGUUGUAUUCUCU